CAUAAUCAAACAAAAACAAAUUUUGAAAAAAACUAAAACGAUCCCACCUCGCACCGAAGCCAAACCCAACCAACGCAACCUUUCCUCUCUGUUUUUCACUCUCACAUUCCCAAAUCAUUUUCUUUUUGCUUCAACAAACCCAAGAAGACUCUGAUUCUUUUGCUUCAUUUUAGGAUCCAAUAGAUAAUUAACCCCCCAGAACAUAAACCCAGAUUUUUUGCUUCAAACCAUUUCCUUGUCCAAAUAAGCAAAGGCUUUGACUUUGUUUGUUUUCCUUUAAUGUUUUGUUGACCCAGAUUUGGGAAUAUACCCGGCGUGUCAUUUUCAUGGUUGGUUUAUAAUCAAGAAACCCAGAAACUCUGGUGAUGAAGACAUAGUUUAUUACUUGAUCAACUUGGUAUCUGAAACGAAGCGAGUUCUGUAAAGAUUGUUGCUUUUUGGUGGAGGAAUUGGAUUAAAGAAUUGUUUUUCAUGCAGAAGAGGAGGUCCAGAAAGCUAGGAGUCUUCCAAUUGCCAUCGGAUCUUUGUCUUUUUUUUAUUAUUGUUGUUGAUAGAAAUGGAAUCCACACGAGUUUCACCAAGUGUUAUAGCAAAGUUAAUGGGUCUUGCUGAAUCGCCACAGCAGCAGCCUGUCCAAAAAAGACGAAGAGUACUGUCUGAGAAUUACUUUCACAGAGUUGCUUCUAUUGGCGUCAGAGAGAAAUGUCAUUCAUUGAGGUCGGUAGUAGGCCAUCAAGAUUGUAAGGAUGUCUUUGAAGUUGUAAGUCCACUAAAAGGGGAUAAUGACUUUAACCUGUCAGUUCAUAAGGGAACAGAAAACUCGGGAUUGUCAGAAUUGAAGAUGGAGACUAGGCAGGAGGAAUUUCAAGUGUCAUCAGAGAAGUAUGAAUGUCUACCAGGGGAAGUUGGUCUUGAUGGCUUACAUAAGUUUUUGAGGUCUCCAUUGAAGUCAAAUAGAAAAGGAUGCUCCCCCAGUACUGGAGUUGUUGCUUUGAAACCCAAGCAUGGUUUGGCCGACAGUUCUGCAAGAUCCUUCCCUCCAAUGAGUUCCCUUGAAGCUUAUCAGUUAGUUGAUGAGAAGUGCACCGAGUUUCCUAGUCCUAGCAAUGGGAAGAUACACGGUAAAGGAAUAGAACCAAUUGGAAAGGUAUCAAGGCCAAGGUCCAGAGGUGGCAACUCCAUUGCAAUGGCAUCUGAACUCCUGAGGUCUCCUUCCUUGAAUUUAUCUGAUCGGAGGAACCAAUACCAGUCUUUUUCUUAUUCAGAUGAAUCAUACGUAGCCAGGGAAGCCAAAGGGCAACUCUCAGAACAAUGGAAGAAGACUGAGAAGUUUGAAGGGUGUGGAAGGGCUGACAGAGGCAUUACCCUUGGCGAUUCACUUGCCAUGCCUGUCCAUGAAAUAGGGCCAAGAAACUUGAAUUACAAGCUUGGUAUGCAUUUUCGACCAAGAAAAAAGCCUGUUAAGCAUGAUCUGAAGGACCUGGACCUCAGUAAGUUUAGAAAACAUCAAGAUAAAUAUGAAGCUCUCUGUAAUGAGUGGCCUUUCACGCCUAAAAGGUCUGUCAAUUGGGCGCAAAGCAGGUCAUGUGAGUACAAGUUCAACCAUAAGGAUCGUUCGAGACCUAUAAAUUUGAGAACCAACAAUAAGAAAUUUCAAUCUUUUCCUAGCCUGGAAUCAGAAGGUAGUUUUACAGUAGAAAAUACUUGCAUGGUCCACAAUGAUCUGAAGAAUGGAACUGAGGAGAAAGACAGUAAAACUACAGAUACUUCAGUCCAAAAGGAAACAUCCAUGGAAGUUGAUGAAGAAAGCAAUUUUCCUUUGCACUGCUUCACCACAUCAGAUUGUAUGGCAAGCUUGGAGGAUGUUUACCAGCCUAGUCCAGUUUCAGUUCUGGAACCACCAUUUAGAGGAGAUAAUUCACCUUCGCCGGAACGCUUGGGAAGUGUCAAUGUUGACACCAGUGAAUACUCCGAUACAUGCUCCGAAGGUUCUGGAAUGAUUGUGUCAAGUGAUGAUGAUACUAGUGAAAGAUCUGUGAAAGACUAUAAGGAAAGCAGUUUAGUGGGGUUGUUCAAUGUUGAAGAAAGUAGAGACUUUUCCUACCUCAUUGAUGUGUUAUUGGAGGCAGGCUUUUAUUGUCGGGGAGUAGAAAUGGACUGUGAUACCUGGUGCUUUCAAGAAUGCCCAAUGAGCCAUUAUGUCUUUGAGAGCCUGGAGAAGAAAUUUGGUGAUCAGUUGUCUUGGAAUAGGUCAGACCGGAGGCUUUUGUUUGAUCGUAUAAAUGAUUGGCUAAUAGAGAUUCUCCAGCCAUCUAUGGGUGAACCCAUAUGGACCAAGCCUGUAUCUAGAAGGAUUAGAACCCAGUCUGGUCAGGAGAUGAUAGAGGAAAAUCUGUGGAUGUUGCUUGUUAAUCAAGAGAAGGAAGGAAUGGAAGCAAGAAAGAACUUGGAAGAGAAGCUGCUGAGAAGUGGAAUUGGGAAUUUAGAUUUAGGAGAUGAAAUUGAUUUUAUUGGUAGAGAAGUAGAGAGAUUGUUGAUUGAUGAGCUUGUCGAAGAGUUAGUUAGCAACUUAGCACAGAGAGUUUGAAACAGCAGUGAUUUUUUUUUUCUUUUUUGGAUUUUUUUUAAAGAGAGUUACAGAAAAGAUAUUUGUGUAGAUCUAGCUACAGUUUUGAUCAAGUGAAGGGGUUGAAAAAGAUAUUUGUAUAGAAUCAAAUUUUUUUCUUCAUACAUGAUUGAAAAAAGAUUGGUGCUGAUGAGUUCAUGAAUUGUUUUAAU